CACUUCACACUUCUCACAAAUCCGGCUGGCGUCCUACAAAUUCCGCGACUGGAAACCUAUCUACAGGAACUGCUAUCUUUGGCGGUUGGUGUAUUCGAGGAACCGAACUUCUCCUACAACGCCCAGACCUCCAAGUUUAUUAUCACUGGGCGUUCAAAGAGUAUUCUUGUGGAGGAAUUCCUCGAACGUAUGCUUGCGGAGCCGGGCCCACAAACUUUCAGCUGGCUCAAAGUAUUCCACAGAAUGGCAAUUGUUGAAAAUGUUCGACACCAAGUCAAAUGCGAGGGCUGCAAACGCGAACCAAUCAUCGGCCUGCGAUACAAGUGUACCCGCUGUCCCCGUUACAACCUCUGUCAGGACUGUUUCUGGACGGGCAUCACAACCGACGCGCACACAAACAGUCAUGAUGUCAAGGAGUACACCACCUCCACUGUGA